UAAACCAAUAUACCUAUCGAAUUUGUUUUUACAUUCCAGUAAAUUAACAAUUCCGAGUGAUUAUGUUGAAAUUAUCAGUUUUCUUAUAUUUUGCACUAUAUGAGGUAUCCUCUGAGGACCCCGUCAUCACUAUUUCGAAUGGAAAAAUUCGUGGAAUUUCGGCGCACUCAUCUCUAAAUAAUCUGACAUAUUAUGCCUAUAUGGGAAUCCCUUUUGCAACUCCACCGGUUGGUAAUUUGAGAUUCAAACCACCCCAGCCAGUUGAGAACUGGGCCGGAAUUCUGGAUACAAAAAAUAACGAAGUGACGUGUUACCAGACCGACAGAUACGACAAACAUGAAACAGAAGACUGUCUUUACCUGAAUGUUUACACCACGGUGGGACCGAUGAAUAAUACAAAACUUCCCGUUAUAAUGUUCAUAUACGGCGGAACAUUCGUUCACGGUCAUGCACCAUACGGACAUAAGGAUCCAGUUUUUGUGAUAGAGAAGGGAGUUCUAAUGGUGACCUUCAACUAUCGUGUGGGUCCAUUUGGAUUUUUGUCUACUGGCGAUACCGUAAUCCCAGGAAACAUGGGCCUCAAGGAUCAACAACUGGCACUGAAGUGGGUUCAAAAGAAUAUCCAGUUCUUUGGAGGUGAUCCUGCCAAAGUGACCUUGAUGGGACAAAGUGCCGGAGCAGCCUCAGUAACAUACCAAAUAUUGAGUCCUGGUUCAAGAGGAUUAUUUAGAGCAGCCAUAGCAAACAGUGGAUCAGCUCUGUGUACAUGGGCCCAUCAAAGGAAUGCAGUAGAAACAGCAUACGGUAUUGCUGCAGAAAUUGAUCCCAGUUUCUCCAGAAAUAGGUCCUCUGCAGAUCUUCUAGAGUUUUUGUUGAGCGUUGAUGCUGAAUCCAUCAGCAAAACUUAUGAUAGAUUUACGGUUUUCGCUCCAGUCAUAGAGGAACCUCAUGAAGGGGCUAUAAUAUCUGAUGUCAUGUAUGAAACAGUUGAGAAAGGAGAUAUCAAUAGAGUUCCACUGCUGAUUGGAAUAAACUCUGAAGAAGAGAUCAAUAAAGCAGCAAAUAUCGAUUCGCUGAUAUCAAAGUCUGUAAAAUAUGAUGAAGAUCCAAAGCUGAUUGUGGAUGAUGAUAUGUACAUUGAAGAUGGAGACGAAAAACUUGCUAUUGGAGAGAGUAUCAGAGGAAUUUAUACGAACGGAUUGUUUCAGGAUGACAUUGGAAAAACAGUUCAAUAUAGCAGCGACAACAGAUUCACAAAAGCCGUCAUUAAAUUUGCCGAACUGCAGUCUCACUAUACGGAUGUGUACUUCUAUCAAUUUUCUUAUCAUGGUUUAAUGGGAAAUAACACCGUGUCACUAGAUGGAGUUGGUAAAGUUGCUCAUGCUGAGGAUCAAAAAUAUUUUUGGGCACGUUACGAUGACUAUCAAGAAUUUCCUAGAUCUGAUAUGAUGACCCUGGAUCGCUACGUUACCUUAUUGACCAACUUUGCCAAAUGUUUGAAUCCCACACCUGAAAAGAGAGACUUGUUUGACAAUGUGUUAUGGCCAAAAGUUUCCGAAGACGUGUACUAUUACUUGGAUAUUGAUACGAAUAUAACCGUUCAACACAAUCCCAGGAAUACCUCGUAUUACAAAUGGGUGGAUAUUUUCGAAAAAUAUGUACCAAAACCAUUUAUAUCUUUCUGAAAUGAAUGAUUAUAUCUUUAUAAAAUAAAUGACUAACAUGGUU